AUGAACGCAGAAGCCUACCUCCGCAACCACGGCUGGUCCGGCCCCGGCACCCCCCUUAACCCCAACCGCCGCCCCGGCGGCCCCAACGGCGGCCUCGGCCUUACAAAACCCAUCCUCGUCGCCCGCCGCACCGGCAACCAGGGCGUCGGCAAGAAGACCACCAAGGACCAUACAAACCAGUGGUGGCUGCGCGGGUUUGAAGAUGCGCUCAAGGGCGUGGGUGGUCCGGCGAAUUUGACGGGCUCCAGUGUGCGGCCUGGCAAUGCGCUGACGAGUGAGCUUUAUCGGUUUUUCGUGAGGGGGGAGACUGUUGCGGGGACUCUUGGGGAUAAGUCGGCGGAGGCGAAGGCGGAUGAGGGGAGAGAUAAGGGGAAGGGGAAGAGGGAGGGUGAGUCGAAGGAGGAGAGGAGGCUGCGGAGGACGGAGAGGAAGGCGAGAAAGGAGGAGAGGAAGACGAGGAGGGAGGCCAGACGGGCAAGGAGAGACGAGAGACGCGCGAAGAAGGUUGAAAAGCGCGCCUUGAAAGAGGCGAAACGGUCGAGAAAGGAACAGCCGCAUAACCCCCAAGACGAUUAUCCCACGCCGCCGGCGACCGAACAAGAGCUGAUCGAGCCGAAGCUGAAGAAAGAGUCGAAGAAGUCCUCGCGGAAGGAGAAGAAACCCGAGUGA